AUGCCGGAGGUGAUAAAGCUCACUACAAAUCAUAUAAGUCCGUUAUUCCGAGUGUUUCGCAUGCGCCUUGCAUUUUUCCGGCCAUCGCUAACAUGGUGCAUCGUCAACAGGAAGAAGUAUAAAAAGCUUCGCUUCAAAUUCGACCAGGUCAUGAGGCGCUCAGAUGAGCUCUUUAAGCAGGACCAAAUCGCGUCCGCUGCAAUUAGGCGUAUACAGGAAGAGAAUACGUGCGCUCAAUGAAAUCCCUUUAUUUGCUUGUAUGGGCUCUCCCAUAAUCCGGAGGCUAAACCAUGUUACAGGCGUCUUUUAGAUCUUCUGGUCGACUUGAAUUCGUCUUCACAUGUCCCGAAAUCUCGUCGUUUUAACAUCGGAUCCCCUUCCAGUGCUACUCCGACUCGUUUCCUUUCGCCUACGCUACUUGCUACAAUGGGAGGAUUGGAUGAGGAGAUUGCAGGCCUCGCUGAUGACAAUUAUGUGGAACCGGUGCAGCUUGACCCGGCCCCCGUCAACGGUAACGAUGCAGAGGCCGAAGAGCAGGAUGACAACAGCACUGAUGACGAUGAUGAAGACGACGAAACUCCACCAAUACAUCGCCACGGUGCGAAGUACAGCGAUGAUGAGGAUGAGGAUAUGGAUGAUGAUGACCGAGAAGCUUAUCUCGAAGAGAUACGUGAAACAAACCACAGGCGUGGAAUCCCCGGAACACCACCAAGAUACAUUCGGGACAAGCUUAAGGCUGAUGCAGAGAGAGAGAGAAAGGAGGCUGAGGAACAAGCUAAGAAGGCUGCCGCUGAGGUUGCUGCAAAUGGCGUCAAUGGUUCCGCACCCCUUGUGCUCAAGCAGGAGCCCGUCGACGAGAUGCAUGAAGGUGUUCCAGAACCCGCCCCUCCACAUACUCCCAAUAACCGCAAGCUUCCAGUCUUGGAGAAUACUUAUCGUCGUGGCGCUACCCCUCCUUACUUGCGCAAUACUAGUCCCUUCUUGAUGUCUAUUGAGGAGGAGGAGGCCUUUUAUGCCAACGUCGAUGAGAAUCUCAAUGGAGAGAUACCUGCUCUGCCGGAAACCACCCACACCUCCCCUAUUGCUAGCAAGGGGGAAGGGGACCCGCGAAAUCCCAUGAGCGUCUACUGCUGGCUAAGGAAAUAUCAGCCACAGGUCUUCUUGCAGGAGGCCGAAGGCGAGAGGAGGCCUGGUAGGGGUAGGGGCGGCGGCAGACGCAGGACUGCUGUUGAUGGUGAUUCCGGGGAUGAAAUGCCCUCCACAGUUAAAGCUGCUGGGGGUAAACGCAGGCGUGGCGAUGAUGGAGAGGAGGCUCCAAACAGGGGUGGACGAGGCCCCCGUGGGGGCAGGGGAGGCAGGAGAAAGCUUAAUGAAGGUGGAGAACCACCGGUGAAAAAGCAGAGGAGGUUGGUAGCGAGGAACUCUUGA